GCCACAGCGCUCGUCCUUGUCAAACCUCACUGUGGUCAAGAUAACGUUAACUCCGGCUGGUUGCUGUCAGGAGUUAACGAUAGAAGUACAACGGCAUGGACGAUGUCAGUCACUUAAAGUCACUGUAGGGCUAAUUAAUUUGAGAAAUGUGUGGAAGAGCGUGCCUUAAAUACCUGGAGACAUUUUUAUCAAGACCUUAGUUCAUUAUUGAUAUCUCCACAACGCUGUCGACGAGAGUAACAUUAACGUUAAUGUAGCGGUAAGCUAACAGCUAGCUAACGUUACUUUACCUGCUAUUUGGCUAACUUAGAACCUGCUAACGACUUGAAACAACGCACCUAGUGAGGGAUAUCAAAGCAUCAGAAGUCUUCAAGCGGGUGUCAAAUUUGUAAGUUCUCAGCACCUGGUAUUGCUGCCCUCCCCCACCCAGUGGUUAUAUUCAUGAGCACGCUCAGUGACAGUUGUGCAUAGUCCUCGGGCAUGGGGAGUGGAGUCCAGGAACAACAGGCAUCACUCACGCAAGGAGAAGUGCUUCCGCUGGCUUCCUCCAGUCAGUCAGACGGCCUGAAGCACACUCGGUCUGUCAUCAACUCGCUCUUCUCGGGGGCUUUUGCAGGAGCUGUGGCCAAGACAGCUGUCGCCCCAUUGGACAGGACUAAAAUCAUCUUCCAAGUGUCUUCAGCAAGAUUCUCUGCCAAGGAGGCCUACAGGUUGAUCUACCGCACCUACCUGAAGGAUGGCUUCUUCAGUCUGUGGAGGGGGAACUCUGCCACCAUGGUGCGAGUCAUCCCAUAUGCUGGCAUCCAGUUCUGUGCACACGAGCAGUACAAGAGGCUGCUGGGAGGGUACUAUGGCUUUCAGGGGAAAGCCCUACCUCCAUUUCCAAGGUUACUGGCUGGGUCUAUGGCUGGUACCACAGCAACCAUGCUGACCUAUCCUCUGGACAUGGUGCGAGCUAGGAUGGCUGUAACGCCAAAGGAAAUGUACAGCAACAUUCUGCACGUGUUUGUGCGGAUAUCCCGAGAAGAGGGCCUGAAGACAUUGUAUCGAGGCUUUACUCCCACCAUGCUGGGUGUUGUGCCCUAUGCUGGUCUGAGCUUCUUUACCUAUGAGACACUGAAGAAAUUACACGCAGAGCGCAGUGGGCUCCCGCAGCCCUACUCAUAUGAACGUCUGGCGUUUGGAGCCUGUGCAGGUCUUAUCGGUCAGUCGGCGUCUUACCCUUUGGAUGUGGUACGACGCCGCAUGCAGACCGCAGGGGUCACGGGUCACGUGUACGGCACCAUCCUGGGCACUAUGAAGGAGAUUGUGUCUGAAGAGGGGGUUAUCCGUGGACUCUACAAAGGUCUCAGUAUGAACUGGGUCAAAGGGCCCAUUGCGGUGGGGAUCAGCUUCACCACCUUUGACCUUACUCAGAUUCUCCUGAGGAAGCUGCAUCAGAUGGGCUCUACGGCUCGAUAAUAGCGAUACAGAGAGAGGAAAAUGGGGAUAGUGGGGUGACAAGAUCCCCGUACACCCUCUAAAGAGAAACAAAGGGAGUGAGAGAGUGAAGAGUGUGUAUUGCUGGAUAGAAGCAAACACACUCUGGCUUAGGAUGCGUGGGUAAUAUUAAUGUACUCUCUCGCUUUAUCUGUGUGCAGCGGGGGAUGUACAGUCCCGGUAGGCGUGAAGUAUGUUGGAUGGUAUUGAGUACCUGUACACACUAUUGUCAUGUACAUCUAAGUGCAAUAUGCUUUUAUGUGUGUACACAUAAAUUACAAUGCUCCUGCCCUCGUGGACCAGGCCUGAGUGUAUUUGGCAAUCAGAGAAUUUAGAGGUUCACACACACACACACACACACACACCCACACACACACACACACACACCAACUGCCUUGUGUGGCUACUUCCAAUGCAAUGCAGGUUUUUCCACUCAUUUACUAUUGACCUUUAAGAUGCAUUUGGUUUAAUAAGAGUAAAAUAUGCCCCCUUGAGAUUUGUUUUGUUGUGAGUGAGUUUGUUUUAAGGAAUUAUACCAAAGGUUAGUAUAUGAGCUAGUUGCAGAUUAUAUGGUGUUAGUGAUGUUAGUUUAUUGAAGCACAAAAGUUCUCAGAGUAUGAGUUUAGAGCAAAAAUCUUGCCCAACACAGAGGUAACAGCAAUGUUACUGCCAUCAAAUGGUCAGUUUUGUGUGAGUUGAAUAUAUUGAAUUCACUAUGAGUCCAGUAUCUUUUAGUGGAGCUACUAAAGAUGAAUUCACAGAAUUUUAUUUGUAGUUUAACUACUGUGCUGACAACAGACAGAUCAGCUAUAUUUUAUGCCAGUGCCAACAGAUAUGAAGUAUAAAGAGUGCCCAUAUUAUUUGGUUUGUUUUAUCUGUAAUCAUUUAAUGGGCUUUUUAAAAUAUUGUCAUUUGUGACAGACAGUUUUGUUGUCUGAAGUAUUAAUGGCGGUGGAUAGACAGAUGAUAUGCAGAAAGAUUUCUGUACUAGUUGAGAAUACUAGCUGAAAAUGAUCCAGUUUAACCUCCUGUUGACAUACAGUCCCAUGUAAUGCACAUCAAGCAAUUUGGUUAUUUUCCAAAUGUGAGAUCAUAUGCACCGAUUUAACAGUUUAGUAGGAACACCUGUACAGUCUAAUGUAAUCCAAUACAACUGCCCUGCAAUGAAUACUAACGUAGUGAAGUUUACAAUGUUGUGUUGUUGACGCUGUGUGAGAGGUGUUGUUUUAACUCCAGUAAUCUUUUAGUGGUAAUGUUUUGGAUUACAAUAUAUUGAGAGGUGUUAACGGAUAUGUCACUGGUAAUGGACACUCACAUAUUCAGUAUACAAAUGUUGUCUUCCAUUAGCUGUUGAUAUGGCAGCUGCAGUGUGUUUUGUGUAAAACUUGGCAAGACACUAGUAGAGAUUCCAUCAUAGAAAUAACUUCAUAACGAGGGUGGAUGUCACUCACAUUGUAGAGCUGUAGCAGUAUUGCUAAUGGACUAGCUUGAAUUCAAAUAUGCACACACCUGUUACAGGCAUAAUUCAGUACAUUUUUGCAUUCUCAGUAUUGUACUUUACCUCAGCACACAAUAAAAUGUUCAUGGAAUUCUCACAUAUCAAUGUUUUAUGUGGAGUAGUGUCAAAUACUGGAUUAGGUGCUCAGUUUUGAUUGUAUGUGAGGAAGUUUCAACAGUAUUGAUGCAGGCCUACCCUCGUUGAAGAGUGUCAAUAGUUUCUAUACUUAGAGCACACAUACUGAGGCAGGGUGGUUGAGCUGGGAGAGCAGCUGGGUGCAGAGCCAAGUGGAACAGAGGGCAGGAAAGUGUCACCUUUAUCAGAAUAUAGCAGGAAGUUUUCUCUGUGAAACAGGUGUGAGCAUCUCAACUGUCACCCAACAGUUAGUUUAAAAAACAGACACUCCCAAAACAAUGCCCUGAUUAAUCUCUAAAUUUUUGGAAUUAUCAUCAGACAAAAUGCCCGUCAUAGUUAUGUCUUAUUAAUGUCUUAACAUUGCUUACAUGUUCUUCCCAGCAGACAAACAAUCCAAAAUAUUAAUUGUAUAACGUUGUGUAGAAAAGCAACUUUUUACAUUUGUGCAUCUUUAAUGAGCAAAUGUUUUGUUUUUUCACUGUUUUAAAAGAUGAACAGAUUACCAAAAUUGGAGUUUAUACAUUUUUUGUCCAUUAACUAAUCAAGAUAUUGACGACUAUUUAUAUUCUAGGACUUGGUAUUAUUUUAAAUGUAUUCAGAAUCAGAAAUACUUUAUUGAUGCUGAUAUAUGAUACUUUAGUUUUUGCACCAAAACCACAACAAUACUUUUUUAUGCCUUACUUUAAGGAGUAUUAAAAAGAAUUCUAUCAACCUUUUUGGUUCAUUGAAGAAAAAAGGCCAAACCUCUCAGCAGCAUAUAAAAACUUUGUCUGAAUAAAAUAGUCUAAAAUUGGUAAAAUUAUGAUUUAAUUCAGGAACUGUCUGAUCAGAGAAUAAGUAAGUACGAAUCUGAGGAAGCAUUCGUCGUCAGCUUCGAUACGCACUGCUCGGUAUUGAGAAGUACUGAGGUUGGAUACCCAGCCCCAUCCAGUAGGCUGCUACACUUAUCCCCAUUCAUUAAACUCAACUGUCCCCUGGCCUGCCUCAGUCAGACCUUCGUCAUUUUAUCCACCUCUUAUCUGUCUGUUCAUGGAUGUUGUGAUUGUUUUGCUUAUUGUCCCGUGAGUCAGGAGAAUUGUAGCUGCGCUCUGGUGGCAGCCACCUAGACAUAGUCUGAUAUUAUUCUAAUCAGCAAUCAGAACAGCAGAACAGUAGAUGCAAGUUUAGUCUUUUAAUAUCAGUGUGUUAUCUUUACCCCUUACUUUAGGUAGCAGGAGGGAAAUACGUGUAGCUGAGUUUAGAUCAAUGACAGAAACCUGCACGUGCUCUGAGCUGAAACGUGCAAGAUUGCUGCAUAGUAGAAAGUACACAGAAACUGAAAGCUGAGUGAAGGUUGUUACUGACUUAAGUGCCUAGCAAGGAAUGGUAACAUUUUUACUAUGACUUGAGCUACUUCUACUAGCCUUUUUGAAGGUUGCUUCCAUUUUAUAGCCUUGCUUUGGUCUUGAAGUUAUGAAUAUUUAAGGGGCAGCAGUUGGUUUUCAAGGUGGUUUGAAGUUUGGGGAUUGUUCGACCUCUGUGACUGAAUGUAUUACUUCAGGUCCAGUUUUUGUACGUGAAUUUUGUAAAACUUCCUUGCAGGGUAUUAUUGCUGUCUAGGGUGAGAGACAUGACCCUUGGCUUCCUAACAGACUCGACCAAUCAAUUUCAACCAGUCUAGCACUAAUUUGAGGAAUGUUGGAAGAAUUAUAUACACAUACAUAUGUAGCCUAAUUUCAAUUGGAUUGAUAUUUUCGCCCUGUUGACCUACCUGUAGAUCAAAGGAGAUAAAAACAUGAUGGAAUACACCAUAAUAGGGAGAGGUGACAACAAGCUUUGAAAAACCCCAGACAAUCAUGAGAUGCCAAACAAUUGUAUGUUUUUGUUUUAGAAGAAAAGUAAAUUUUUUGUUGAGAACCUGACAGUGGCUUAAUGAGGAGGAAUACUGAAACACUACGACAGAAAACUCUGGGGAAAGAUGUGAUUUUUAUUUGCUCUUGUAAAAGCAAAUCGAAUUGUUUUACCUCUAUAUGUGGGUAAUCCUACAUAGACGUGCAGACAUACAAUGCUACCGUGUUUGCAUGUUACAACAGAUCAUCUCGUAUUGUUUUGUCUCAGUGCAGCAGUGAUACGACGGCUGUUUCGUAAAUCCCAGUGAUUUGUGCCAACUGAAUGUAAACUUACCUACUAAUACCACCUUGUGUCCAGUCUCUAGUGAUUAUGGUGUAUCUGUAGGAAAGUUUUGAAAUAUCAAAUUCUCAAAUAAAACUUGAUGUUGACAACAGA